AUGGCGUCCAAGCGCAAGGCUUCCGCGAUGAAUGCGGCCGCCUCGGACGAGCCCGUGGAUCCCGCCGACGAGCUCAUGUUUCUGUGUCUUGGAGGCGGCAACGAGGUUGGACGGUCAUGCCACAUUAUUCAGUACAAGGGAAAGACGGUCAUGCUUGACGCUGGCCAGCAUCCCGCAUACGAUGGCCUCGCCGCCCUACCGUUCUAUGACGACUUUGAUCUCAGCACCGUAGACGUGCUCCUCAUCAGCCAGGCAUUGCUCCAUCUGCACAGUGAUGCCGCCAUGUGUUGCUCUGAUGCACCCCCCCGAACGAGUUGCAGAAGCAUAUGGCUAACACGAGGAGAUAGUUUCCACAUUGACCAUGCGGCGUCUUUGCCGUAUGUCCUCGCCAAGACCAACUUCCGCGGCCGCGUCUUCAUGACGCAUCCGACCAAGGCCAUCUACAAGUGGCUCAUCCAAGACAGCGUCCGUGUUGGCAACACGACGUCAAACUCGCCCGCGCAGCUCUACACGGAGCAGGAUCACCUCAACACGUUUCCGCAAAUCGAGGCGAUCGACUAUCACACGACUCACACCAUUUCCUCCAUCCGCAUCACCCCCUAUCCGGCCGGCCAUGUUCUGGGAGCAGCCAUGUUCCUCAUUGAGAUUGCCGGUCUCAACAUCUUCUUCACCGGAGAUUACUCCCGCGAGCAGGAUCGCCAUCUGGUCUCCGCAGAGGUUCCCAAGGGCCUCAAGAUCGACGUGCUGAUUACCGAGUCGACAUAUGGCAUAGCAUCCCACGUGCCGCGGCUGGAGCGAGAGCAGGCCCUCAUGAAGUCCAUCACGGGAAUCCUCAACAGGGGCGGUCGAGUGUUGCUGCCCGUGUUUGCCCUCGGCCGAGCUCAAGAGCUUCUGCUCAUCCUGGACGAGUACUGGGGCAAGCAUCCGGAGUACCAAAAGUUCCCCAUCUACUACGCCAGCAAUCUCGCGCGGAAAUGCAUGGUCAUCUACCAGACGUAUGUCGGAGCAAUGAACGACAACAUCAAGCGCCUGUUCCGAGAGCGCAUGGCCGAGGCCGAAGUCAGCGGCGAUUUGGCGGGCAAGAACGGGCCCUGGGACUUCAGGCACGUCCGCUCCCUCAAGAACCUGGACCGCUUCGACGACGUCGGCGGCUGCGUCAUGCUCGCCAGCCCCGGUAUGCUGCAGAACGGAGUCAGCAGAGAGCUGUUGGAGCGCUGGGCGCCCAGCGAGAAGAACGGCGUCAUCAUCACCGGCUACAGCGUCGAGGGCACCAUGGCCAGGCAGAUCAUGCAGGAGCCCGACCAGAUCCAGGCCGUCAUGUCUCGCAGCAUCGCGGGCGCCCGUCGAGGCCCUGGCGGUGACUCGGAAAAGGUGCUUAUUCCGCGGCGGUGCAGCGUCCAGGAGUACUCCUUUGCCGCCCAUGUCGACGGUGUUGAGAACCGAGAAUUCAUCGAAGAGGUUGCCGCGCCCGUUGUUAUCCUCGUCCACGGCGAGCAGCACAACAUGAUGCGCCUCAAGUCCAAGCUCCUCUCCCUCAACGCCAACAAGACGCUCAAGGUCAAGGUCUACUCCCCGCGCAACUGCGAAGAGCUGCGCAUUCCCUUCAAAGCCGACAAGACGGCCAAGGUCGUCGGCAAGCUCGCCUCCAUCCCUCCCCCCAAGGACCCCGACGCCCCCGCGCCUCUCGUCACGGGCGUGCUCGUCCAGAACGACUUCAAGCUCUCGCUCAUGGCGCCCGAGGACCUGCGGGAGUACGCCGGCCUCAACACGACGACGAUUACGUGCAAGCAGCGCCUCACGCUGAGCGCCGCCGGCGUGGAUCUCGUCCGCUGGGCGCUGGAGGGCACCUUUGGGGCCGUGGAGGAGCUCCCGGAGAUGCGCCGCAUCGUCAAGAAGAACGGCGGGGCGUCGGAUGGCGGCGACGACGACAACGACGGCGACGAGAAGAUGGCCGAGUACGCGGACGAGGAGGUGGCGAACCUGGUGGCGGCGUACCUCGUCAUGGGCUGCGUCUCGGUGCGGUACCGCACCAACGGCGAGGUCGAGCUGGAGUGGGAGGGCAACAUGCUCAACGACGGCAUCGCCGACUCCGUCAUGGCGGUGCUCUUUUCCGUCGAGAGCUCGCCCGCCGCCGUGAAGCGGUCCUCCAACAACACCAAGCACUCUCAUGCUCACUCGCAUCACGAGUCGUCUUCCGACGAGCGCAUCUAUGCCGCGCAGCUGGACAGCAAGAACCCGCACGCGCAUGUCUCUCCCGAGGACCGGCUCGAGCGCCUCAUGUGGUUCCUAGAAGCCCAGUUUGGCGCCGACAACGUCGCUCCCGUGGAAGACCCCAAACUACCGCCUCUACCCGCCUCUCCCAAAGAAGAAGAGGGAAAGAAGGCAAACAGCAGCAACACCACCGCCACCGCCGCCGCCAACGACACCAACAACGACGGCGACAACCAAGCCGACGACGAAGACGCGGCCAAGCAGCAGCAGCAGCAGCAACUGGAACAAGAAGAAGAGCGCAAGCGCAAGGAGCUCGCCCGCCUGCACAAGCUCGGCAUCCCCGUGCCCGGCAUCUCCAUCCGGCUCGACAGCAAGAUGGCGGCGACGGUCUGGCUCGAGGACCUCGAGGUGGAGUGCGGCAACAAGGUGUUUGCGGACCGGGUCCGCGCGGUGGUGGAGAGGGCGGUGGAGGUCACUGCGCCGCUUUGGGGGUGA